GCAGUGGGACGCCACGCCGACGAGAUGGUCUCCGCUAGCGACAAGGCCCCCGCGACCGAUGUUCGAGAAUCCUUCACGAUUCUGCGCCGUGUGCAUCGUCUUAACUUUGUUCACACCAGGUAGUGCAUGGCCACAUCUCGUUUCUUCCAGAGGAGUCCGAUCAGUGGCGGCUGCCGUUAGCAAUCGCACGAAACAAGCCCCGAUCACGCGAGCAAUCGGGCGUACAAUUGAGCGAGAGGUUGAGGGAUCCGUUGAAUGCGAUGAGCAAGGUUACCAUGUUGCGGCGAUCGGCGGGGGCCGUGCAGGAGGUGCUGCAAGGGCAGCGAGAGAGAGCCUUGGCGGCGUUUCUACCGCAGGGGUUUAGUACCGCAAGCCUGUCCAGUGUGGCUUCGUCUCAGAAUGUGGCAACGGAGUCAUCGGCGUCGGCCGGCACGGCCGCAGCUGCGAGUGUGGGAACGAGUGAAGAGGGCGUGGUUGGAAGCCUGAAACAGAGAUUCCUGUGGAGGGUGGUGAAAUCAAGCUUGCUGAUCGCGGCCACGGGGGCUGUGGGCGGGGCAGCGUAUGUGACCUAUUCAUACGAUGUUGAUUCUGUGGAGCAAAAGCUGUCAGCUUUGAAGUCUUCUAUAAGCAAGCUGACUUUCGAUGAGUCGAACCUUCUAGACAAACUUCGCUCAACGGUUUACGCAACAACUCUUGGAGCUGCCGUUAGCGUAGCGGACUUUUAUGUUGAAACACGAAAGAACCUGGAAGAUCAAAUUCGCGGUAUUGCAGCUCCAUCAUCCAGCAAGUUAUUGCCUGAUCUACUUCCACAGGAGAGGGGCGCGUUCACAGUUGUCUUGGACCUUAAUGAAACCUUGGUCUAUUCGGAUUGGAAAAGGGAUAGAGGUUGGCGAACUUUUAAACGACCUGGAGUAGAAGCUUUCUUGGAGCAGCUCGCUCAGUACUAUGAGCUAGUCGUCUACACAGAUCAGCUCAACUUUUACGUCGAUCCAAUCCUGGAAAAACUGGAUCAGAAGGGUUGUAUUAGGUACAGAUUAUCGAGGGACGCUACUCAGUACAUCAAUGGUAAACAUCUUCGGGAUCUGGAGAAGCUAAACAGGGACCCGACUCAUGUAAUUUACCUCAGCGGACAUGCUAAGGAUACAACUUUACAACCUGAAAAUGCUCUACCCAUUAAACCAUGGAAAUUAGAACCGGACGACACUGUGCUUCUCGACAUGCUUCCUUUCCUUGAAUUUGUAGCUCGCCAAAGACCAGCAGACAUUCGACCUGUGCUAGCUUCAUAUGAUGGUUUAGACAUUCCUACAGAAUUUCGAGAAAGAACGAAGGAAUUGCAAAGGAAACUGGCGGAGCGGAAACAAACAAAUCGUCUUUGGAGAGGGCGUCAGUAGAUGCCACUGUCGAGAGCGUUUCGUAGUGUUUACUGCGCUUAAAUUUUUGGUUACUCGAUAGAGAAGUUUCAAAUCAACUGUCAUUGAGAGAAAUGACUAUUUAGUUUGAAUACUUUUACUUUUAUUUUAUUAGGUGGGAGGUCGAACCCUGAUACUCAAAAGAUAUAGUUUGAUGAUGAGUAUGAGAUAACAUGGGUGCACUUAUUAAUGGCUGGGGAGCGAGAAGUUAGCAGCUGCAAACACUAGAAUGUUUAGGUUAGUCAGUACUAGAAUCAUCCCGUGAAUAUCAAAGGUUCUGCAAACAUGUAGAAGUUUGAAGAUAAACUAUCAUCUGUACCUAGGUCUGAUGAUCUUCAAAGGC